AUGGCUAUGGCUUCCGCUACUUCCAUUACCAUUACAAGGGUGCCUCGAAAAGCAGAAUCUUCUCAACCCUCUCAUCACAUUGGCAACCCACCUACCUCCUUUACCAACCCAUGGCCAUCCUUUCACAAGCACUCACCUCUUGACCUCCUCAUAACAUCUCAACGCAACCGUGACUUCAAGCCAGUGCCAUCGCGCGACAAGUUAGUUGCUAUCCAGAAGCCAGACUGGGGUGCAGGCAAAGAGGGUCUGAAGGCCACAUGGAUCGGCCACGCAAGCUUCCUGGUCGAAACAUCGGCUUCAGAAGGUGCAGGAAGAGGAGUGAGGGUGCUGUUCGAUCCUGUGUUUUCCGAGAGGACGAGUCCAGUGACGUGGGCUGGACCGAAGCGCUACACUCCCACCCCUUGCACGCUUGAUGAGUUGCCUGAUGUCGAUUUGGUCGUCAUCUCUCACGAUCAUUAUGAUCACAUGGAUUCAGAUACCCUUUUGAAGAUUUAUGCAAGCAGGAAAGGGAAUGUGCAUUUUUUGGUAGCACUAGGGAACGCUUCUAGACUUCGGGGCUUUGGCAUUGGUGGCGCCGAGGUUACCGAAUUAGAUUGGUGGGAAGGCGUCCAGGUUGAUGUACCAGGCAUGGGCUCAGUGACUAUGACCUGUACGCCCUCCCAACACUUUUCCGGCAGAGGUAUAUGGGACCAGGCAUCUACACUUUGGUGUUCCUGGGUCUUGGACGCUGGAGCUUUCAGCAACUCUUCAGCAACCACUCAAGCUAGCACCUCCAGAAAGGUCUUUUUUGCUGGCGACACUGGCUACCGGUAUGUGCCCAAAGAAGCAAAAGAGUUGGACAGGCCAUCUUGCCCGGCAUUCAAGGAAAUAGGGGAAGUAUUUGGCCCUUUCGAUCUCAGCAUGUUACCAAUUGGACUUUACUCCCCUAGACAUUUGAUGUCUCCCAUACAUUGCAACCCUGAGGAUAGCCUUUGCUUGCACAAGGAUUUGAAGAGCAGAAAAUCCAUUGGCAUGCACUACGGAACUGUUAGAGGCGGAAUCAGCCAGUACUUCGAGGAAGUCACGGAGCCCCCAAGGCGGUUCAGAGAGGCGUGCGAGAAGGAUGGCAAAGUUUGGGGAGAGGAGCUCGGGUUAUUGAAUGUUGGAGAAACACUUGUCAUGCCCUGA